UCAACAGCAACAGCAACAACAGCAAUUCCAGAGCAUACCACUGGACAGCGUCGAAUCGCAAUGGGAAAUGUUAUUUAACCGCUUUGACAGAAACCGUGAUGGUAAAAUAUCUAUUAACGAGUUGCAUCAUGUCUUAAAACAAGGAGCUGGUGAACAAUACAAUAUACCUCCUAAAGUUUUGGCAGUAAUCGCAAGUAAAGCUGAUCACAAUCAAGAUGGAUAUAUUAACUUUAGAGAAUUUUUACAUUUGAUGGAAGAAGAACCUAUAGCUAAAAGUUUGACUACAAAUCUGUUUAACAAAUACAUCCAUUAUACAAUUGUACCAAGAGGACCUCCUAGAUUGCGGACUGCAGGAGUGGAUCGUACUGAUGGGGAUUAUGAAGAUGAAUACUCUUGCAAUCCACCAGCAUUAUGUAUGGUUAUUGUUAGUCUGAUUGAAGUAUUAUUUUUCACUUGGGAUGUUUUAAAAUUGAAAACAACUGAGUCAAUCCAAGGUCCUAUGGCUUCAAUGUUUAUUUACAAUCCCCAUCGUAGACGUGAAGCUUGGCGGUUUUUGACCUAUAUGUUUGUACAUGUUGGACAGACUCAUUUGACAGUAAAUUUAAUUGUUCAGCUAUUACUAGGAGUACCAUUGGAGAUGGUUCAUCGUGGUUGGAGAGUAGUGUUAAUUUAUUUAUCCGGAGUUUUAGCUGGUUCACUAGCUACGUCAGUAACUGAUCCUUCAGUUUAUUUGGCUGGUGCUUCUGGAGGCGUUUAUGCUUUGAUCACAGCACACGUAGCUACUAUAAUUAUUAAUUGGUCUGAAAUUGAGUUUGCUAUUUACCAACUCUUGGUAUUUGCUUUUCUAAUCACUUUCGAUUUUGGAUCAUCUAUUUACAAUCGCUAUUUUGUUAACGUUGACAAUCAGAUUGGUUAUACUGCACAUUUAGCUGGUGCUAUUGCUGGUCUACUUGUUGGAGUAUACACUUUACGAAAUCUUAACGUCCGUCCCUGGGAAAAAAAAUUAUGUUGGUCGUGUUUUGUCAUUUAUGUGUUGUUGACAGGCUCAGGUGUGAUGUGGAAUGUAAUGUUUCCUGAAUAUUUUUCAAAAGAACAGUAUUAAAAGUUAAAAUUAGUAUUUAAGUUAAAAAUUUUGGAUCAAACUUAGCACACAAAUUUAUAUUUUUUAUUUACUUUGAUUUUUAUAAAAAAUAAACUUAAAUGUUUAUUUAUGUUUGUAUUAAAUAUCAAUAUUUUAUCUAACAUAUCUAAUUUCACAAAAUGUAUGAGCUUUGUUACUUUAUAUUGUGUUUUUAUUAUAUUGGUAAAAUAUAUAAGUUAAUAUGUGAUGUAUCAA